AGCAUCCAGAUGCACUACACACCUCCGUCUCCUCAUCAGGGUGAGAACAGAGCAGAAAUGUGUCUUUGUUGAACAUGGAUCGCUGGAACAGAGGAGGUGGUAUAAAACAGAGACCUGAUCACCAUGUAGACUCAGAUGAAGGAGAUUAUCAUGAACCACAGGAACCUGUGAUCCACUAUCCACGACCAAACCAAACACCAGAGUACGCAGACAGGCGUCCUACAGGAAUCGGGACUCAGAGGGGAGAUUACAGGAAAGCUUCUGAUGUUCCAAAAUGCCCGCCGAAACGACCACCAGGUUGUGCACCACCGUCUGUAAACCGCAAUCUGAAACCAGGGAGAGGGGACGUGGGUCCAGACCCUCGGCGAGACCGGCCGGGUCACACUGAUUCUCCUCCACGGAGACCCCAACCCACCACCCCAUCCUACACAGCUCAGUCACCACCACACAGCAGAGCAGAGAGCAGCGUAAGACCCCUCGGCAGAGAGACAGUGAGUCACUUCAGGUUACCACCAGGUAACCGAGCUGACACCGCCCCAAUUACAGGUCACCGAGCUUGCCCCGCCCCCUUUACAGGUCACCGAGCUGACACCGCCCCAAUUACAGGUCACCGAGCUUGCCCCGCCCAACGACACUCGCUAGAUCUGGAGUCACAUGAGCUGGACCGAAGAUCAGACACGGACGGGAACAGUGAGCGAGAUUCUCUCAGAAUGAAGCAUCACGAGUGGCCGCAGGUUAAAGGAGAAGCCGAGCAGAACAGCUACACCGGACACAGCAAACCAGUGGAGGCUUCAGAGCAGCAGGACUGGUACGUUGGAGCCUUCAGUAGAGUGGAAGCAGAACACGCACUUCACCUGGUCAACCGGGAGGGAGCCUUCCUAGUGCGUGACUGUUCCAGGAACACUACACAGGAACCCUUCGUCCUGGCCUUAUUUUAUGAUAACCGAGUCUUCAACAUCCAGAUCCGCUUCUGUAACCAGACCUGCAAAUACUCGCUGGGUACCAGAGUCAAAACCCACGACAAGUUCGACUCUGUGUCAGACAUCAUUAAAUUUCACUCCAUCUUCCCCAUCGUGCUGAUCGACGGCCGAAACCCGUCUGCAGCACCAAACCCCAAGAGACAGUGUGUCCUCAUGUACCCGGUGACCUCACAGGACAUGAACGUCCUGCUCAACACCACCUGAUCAUCAACACCACCAAAAUAUCAGUAAUAAUAGAACCAAGAUGUAUUAUUGUGCUCGUGUGGAGCAGCACUUUAAUACGCCGAAACUCCACUCUUCAGUUGGACAACGGGCACAAAUUUCCAUAGACACACUUCAAAAUCUUGUGAGAAGGUUUCACAGUCAGGCGUCCAAAUACUUUUGGUCAUAUAGAGUAUAAAUAAUAAUGAUUACUGAACUGUGUAAUAAAAUUAACCUGCAAUUCACAACAGACAAAAGAAAUGAGAACAAAUCUUUAUUACUGAAAUAUAGAACCAACCAGACUGUAUAAAACAUUCUAUUAAUAAUAACCUCUUCAUAUUAAAACUAACAAUAUUAAAAACAAUGUUUGUUUC